GAUGUUGUUGGGGUUCAUAACGCUGCUGCUAACGGUGUUUCAAAACCGCAUCGCCAAAAUAUGCAUCAGCGAAGAUCAGGCCAAGCAGUGGCUACCUUGCAGCAACGACAAAGACGACUCGUCAUCUAAGACUACUCAUCACUUUCAGACCCUUUUCGCUACUAUCCCACGUCUUCUUGCCAAGGCUUCCUCUUCCGAUGAGUACUGUUCAGAAAAGCUGUUUGGCUGGAUGCAAAAUAAGCUUAAUGGAAAACAAACAACCAAGAAUACAAAUACAGUUCCAGCAACUAUGAGGCAUGACUCAUGCAUGUGAAGGAGUUGUUCAGCUUCUCUUCUCAGUGGUGAGUGGUGAUGAACUCUGUUGAUUCUCUUUCAACUCAAGAAAGAAAGGAAACAAAAUAUAUAAGCUUGUCUUGUUUGUUGUAUUCAAACUCUGAUUUGUGACUUCACAGUGUCUGUCUUUGUUAAAAUUUAGAGUGAAAACAAUUGUCUCUACAUGUUUCACUAUAUUGGCCAUAACUUCAUGGGGCCUUAUCUAAGCUUGUGAUGUACUAAUUAUCGUAUACCAAUUUAAUCAUGAUUAUUGUUUAAAAUCCCAAGAACAGAUAUAUCAUAUUGAUUAUGCCUUGGAAGUUCUGAAGGGUUUUGGAAUUUAUUUUAGUUUUGGUUUGACUUUAAUGGUGUUUAUUUUGUAUUGUAGGCUAAAACUCUACUUGGAUAUUUAAGAGAACCAAGACAAUUAUAUAAGAGAACCAAGGCAACAAGAAAUUUUUCUUCAAGUUGUUGGGUAUUAUUUUC